AUGUUGGUGUGUAUGCUGCAAAAAGCGGGAAAAGAAGGCAAAAUCACUGGUCUGACAGUUGCGAAAGGGACUCCAUCAGUAUCACACCUGUUAUUUGCCGAUGACAGCAUCUUUUAUUGUCGGGAAAAAGAUGAAGAGUUUCAGUGCCUGCUAUCUAUUCUAGAUGAGUAUAGCAUUGCUUCUGGCCAAAGAAUAAACUACCAGAAGUCAAGUAUCUACUUUGGGAAGCGUAUUCUUCAGGAUAGAAAGUCGGAGAUAAAGCAGCUAACAGGAAUCAAUGAGGAAGGAGGAUACAGUUUCUAUCUAGGACUCCCUGAAGCUUUUGGAGGAUCGAAAAUCACAAUCCUAGGCUAUCUGAAAGAGCGUCUUCAGCAAAAAUUCUCUGGUUGGCAAGCGAAUUUCCUCUCUUCAGGAGGUAAGGAGAUUCUGUUGAAAGCAGUUGCAAUGGCACUUCCGACAUAUACUAUGUCAUGUUUCAUGCUCCCAAAGGCGGUAUGUCAGCAAUUGGCUUCUUUGAUGGCUGAUUUUUGGUGGAGGAACAAACGAGACUCAAGAGGCAUGCAUUGGAAGGCAUGGGAUCAGUUAAGCAAACAAAAAAAUGAAGGCGGUCUAGGAUUUAAAGGCAUUGAGACCUUCAAUAUAGCACUCCUUGGAAAGCAGCUAUGGCGUAUGAUAACAUGUCCAAGCACUAUGAUGGCAAGGGUUUUUCGGAGUAGAUAUUUUAGCAAAACUGAUCCUCUUCAAGCCAAGCUGGGAUCUCGACCAUCUUAUGCAUGGAGAAGCAUAUUUGCAGCCCAAGAACUUAUAAAGAAGGGAGCGAGGAUGGUCAUAGGAGAUGGAAAGUCAACAGACAUCUGGCAAACUCAAUGGCUUCACUCUAAAUCGGCUAGAAGCUUGCAACAGGUCAGACAAAUCCCACAACAUCUCCGUUCUAAUGUUUCUUCUCUGACCAAAGUAAAUGAUCUAUUGAGGGAUAAUGGAAGAGAAUGGAGAAGGGAUAUAUUGGGGGAAAUAUUUCUCGAGGAGGUAUAA